AAAGAGGCAAACUCGGGGUUUGUACUCGGCUUGGGAAAGCUCUCUUCCAGAAGUGAGGGGGCCCAGAAGUGCCUGUCCCGUCCCAUCUCGGAGACGAGUAGAGCGGAUAGGGCGAAAAAGUGAACAUUUGCGUUUGAAACCAGCAGUGGUUUAGCUGCCGCUCACCUGUGAGGUGUCUUCCCCUUGCAUGGGUGAUGAAAGGCUGAAUCAACGUGGAGUUUGUUUGCUAAGAAAUGAAGGUAUAUGCUGCUUUAAGGUAACACCCGGAGGUUUGCCCCUUCAGGGCCUCGGAUGUUCCUGCAGCAGGUGCAAUUCGGCACAGGUUUAUGCGGGACGGUCCCGGGGAGGAGCAGGAGCCCGUGGCGAGGCUGACCCGCCGCGCACCCCGGACAGACAAACAGGUCCCGCGGUGCCGAGUACCCGCCUGAAACUUUGCACGCCGAAUCCUGACGGAUGGUAGCCGAGACACUGAUCCUCCCUGGGAAAAGGCCUACAGGUGGCAACUGGGGAGCAUGGGCUUCUCACCGACUGCAGCGCCACAAGUAACGUGCUGAGCAAUGUGGAGAGGGAGUAGAAGGGAUCUGCUCCGUGGAUAAUGCCUCUGGUGGUUCUGCACAGACGUAGAAUAAGGUCCAGCAGCAAGCAAGACUGAGGGAGCUGGAGAAGAAGGUUGCUCAGAGAAGAACAAGGGAUACAGUACAUUCAGCUGGGGGGUUUGUCGGGAGCCGCGUACGCCCAGGAUUGAAAGGAUGAUGGGAACGUAAUUCAGUGGAUACCUUUGGAGCAGCAGUCGCUCUCUGGGCUGACAGAAGGACCAGAAAAAAUGGCUCUCUCUGUGUGACGCUGCAGCAACUCUGUGGAGUAUGAAGAAGGCUCAGAAGUCCAUAUCUGCCUCGAGUGAAGUGUGACAGAAAAUGGUCCAGCAGCUUUGUCUCUGGCAAUGGCUCUCCGUGGGGACUGCACUCACUGCUGUCCUGGCAGCUGCUCUGGCCCAGAAUGAUGAAGACUGGCAAUAUGAGGAUUGCAAGUUGGCCAGAACAGGUCCUCCAGCCACAAUAGUUCCCAUUGACGAGGAGAGUCGGAACGGCACUAUCCUGGUUGACAACAUGCUGAUCAAAGGGACAGCAGGAGGGCCUGACCCCACCAUCGAGCUCUCCUUGAAGGACAACGUGGAUUACUGGGUGAUCCUGGAUCCCAUCAAACAGACCCUGUACCUGAACAGCACCGGCCGAGUCCUGGACAGGGAUCCCCCGGUGUCCAUCCAGUCCAUCGUGGUGCAGGUGCAGUGCGUGAACAAGAAGGUUGGCACCAUCAUCAACCACGAGGUGCGGAUCGUGGUGAGGGACCGCAACGACAACUCCCCUCAGUUCCAGCAGCAGCGCUACUACGUGGCCGUGAACGAGUUAACUCCAGUUGGAACCACCAUCUUCACAGGAUUUUCUGGAAACAAUGGUGCUACUGACAUUGAUGAUGGUCCCAAUGGCCAGAUAGAAUAUGUCAUCCAGUACAAUCCUAAUGACAAGGCUUCCAACAGGACCUUUGAUAUUCCUCUCACUUUGUCCGGAGCAGUAGUUCUACGGGAAAGACUAAAUUAUGAAGAAAAGACUCGUUAUUUUGUCAUUGUUCAAGCAAAUGACCGAGCCCAAAAUCUGAAUGAGAGAAGGACAAGUACAACCACCCUGACAGUGGAUGUGCUGGAUGGGGACGAUUUGGGACCAAUGUUUCUCCCCUGUGUCCUGGUGAACAACACCCGUGACUGCAGACCCCUCACCUACCAAGCCAGCCUGCCCGAACUCACUGAUCCUGCACGUGUGAAUCCCAUCAGUGUCACUCCACCCAUCCAAGCCAUAGAUCAGGACCGAAACAUCCAGCCUCCUUCCGACCGACCCGGCAUCCUCUAUUCCAUCCUAGUUGGUACCCCUGAGGAUUAUCCACAGUAUUUCCAUAUGAAUCUCACAACAGCUGAACUGACACUCCUCAAGCCAAUAAAUAGGGAUUUACACCAGAAGUUUGACUUGGUUAUUAAGGCUGAACAAGACAAUGGCCACCCCCUUCCUGCCUUUGCCAACCUGCACAUCGAGGUCCUCGAUGAGAACAACCAGAAGCCUUAUUUCACCAGAUCCACCUAUGAGGGCUUCAUCCUGGAAUCCUCCCCGGUGGGAACCACCAUCUCAGAUAACCAGAACCUCACUUCUCCACUGCAGGUCGUGGUGCUGGACAACGACGUGGAGGAGACCAAGGAUCCCCAGCUCCAUCUCUUCCUGAACGAUUACAACACGUUCUUCACUGUGACUCAGAGUGGCAUCACCCGCUACCUCACCCUGCUGCAGCCCCUGGACAGAGAAACCCAGCAGCUCUACACCUUCUCGAUGACAGCUUCUGAUGGAGUCCAGGAGAGUGUCCCAGUGACUGUCAAUAUCGUGGUGAUCGAUGCAAAUGAUAAUUCCCCCACCUUCUCCAACAUCUCUUACAAUGUCAAGAUUUAUACGGAUAUGAGGCCUGGGGAAGGUGUUAUAAAGCUCACAGCUGUAGAUGCGGACGAGGGACCCAAUGGCCAGAUAGUGUAUGAAAUUUUGGCUGGGGAUCAGGGAGACUUCAGCAUCAAUGAGCGAACAGGCCUUGUCACCAUCGCUCCAGGAGUGGAGCUGGCAGUGGGGCGAUCCUACGCUCUCACUGUCAAAGCCUCUGACAGUGCUCCUCCUGCACAGAGAAGGAGCUCCAUCACCACUGUUUACAUCGAGGUCCUGCCACCCAACAACCAGAGCCCUCCCCGCUUUCCCCAGCUGAUGUACAGCCUGGAAGUGAGUGAGGCCAUGAGGAUCGGAGCUGUUUUGUUAAACCUCCAGGCUUUUGAUAGGGAGGGUGACCCCAUAAGAUACCUCAUUCAGAAUGGAGAUCCUCAACAAGUUUUUAAUCUCUCUCAAAGUUCUGGGCUUCUGGCCCUGGGAAAACCCUUGGACAGGGAAAGCACCGACCGCUACAUCCUGAUUGUCACGGCCUCGGACGGCAGACCCGACGGGACCUCAACUGCUACUGUCAAUAUAGUGGUGACAGAUGUGAAUGACAACGGACCAGUUUUUGACAUGUUUCUACCCAAAAACCUCUCUGUGCAGGAAGAGGAAGCCAAUGCUUUUGUUGGUCAAGUUAGGGCUACAGAUGCAGAUGCUGGGGUCAAUGGGCAGGUCCAUUACAGCCUGGCAAACUUCAACAACCUGUUCAGGAUCACAUCCAAUGGCAGCAUUUACACAGCAGUGAAGCUCAACAGAGAAGUGAGGGACUACUACGAGCUCAUCGUUGAGGCCACAGACGGAGCCGCGGAUCCCCGUCGCUCCACGCUCACCUUGGCCAUCAAGGUGCUGGAUAUUGAUGACAACAGUCCUGUGUUUACCAACGCUUCCUACACCGUCUACGUGCCAGAAAAUCUACCCCCAGGCACUGUCUUCCUCAAGAUAGAGGCGAAGGAUGUUGAUCUGGGCUCGGACGUGAACUAUCGGAUCCGCACGGAGGAGGCACGACAGUAUUUUGCACUGAACAGGCACACGGGCGAGUUGUCCCUGCUGAAAUCCUUGGAUUAUGAGUCAUUCUCUGACGCAGAAGCCACCUUCACCUUCCUGGUGGAAGCCUUCGACAGCAAGGGCACGAUGCCUCCUGGGCUGGCCACCGUCACCGUGAGGGUCAUGGAUAUGAAUGAUUACUCACCAGUAUUCAGCCAGAAGCUCUACAGGGGGAUGGUUGCUCCCGAUGCCGUCAAGGGCACCGUUAUCACCACGGUUUCAGCUGAGGAUCAGGAUCCCCCGGGCACACCAGCGAGUCGGGUCCGGUACAAAGUGGAUGUUGUCCAAUUCCCUUACAGUGCCAGCAUUUUUGACGUGGAGGAAAACUCAGGACGUGUCGUGACCCGAGUGAACCUCAAUGAGGAGCCCAGCACAGUGUUCAAGCUGGUGGUCAUUGCAUAUGAUGAUGGGGACCCGGUGAAGUUCAACACCACAACGGUAGAAAUUACUGUGCUGCAGCCCUCGGUCAUCCCACGCUUCACACAGGAUGAAUACAGACCCCCCCCAGUGAGUGAAAAUGCCCCCAAAGGAACCGUGGUCGCCGUUGUCACCGCGGCCGCCCUGAACCAGACAGUCGUGUAUUCCAUUGUUUCAGGGAAUGAAGAGGAUGUGUUUGCCAUCAACAACAGGACGGGCGUGAUCUCCAUUAAGAAGGCUCUGGAUUAUGAAAGUGUGACGAGUUACGAGCUCCGGGUCCAGGCAGAUUCCUUGCAAGUGGUGAGAUCCAACCUGCGCGUCCCUUCCAAGAGUAACACAGCCAAGGUGUUUAUUGAGGUGAAGGAUGAAAAUGACCACGUGCCUGUGUUCACCAAAAAAACAUACAUUGGAGGGGUGUCUGAAGAUGCCAAAAUGUUUUCUUCUGUGCUUAAAGUUAAGGCUGAUGAUAAAGACACUGGGAAUUACAGUGCCAUGCAGUACAGACUCAUCAUUCCCCCCAUCAAGGAUGGCAAAGAAGGUUUUGUGAUUGAAGCUUACACAGGGCUGAUCAAAACUGCAAUGCUCUUCAAAAACAUGAGGAGAUCCUAUUUCAAGUUCCAGGUCAUUGCCACUGACAAUUAUGGAAAAGGACUGAGCAGCAAAGCAGAAGUGCUUGUCUCUGUGGUCAAUCAGUUGGAUAUGCAGGUCAUCGUCUCCAACGUUCCUCCCACCCUCGUGGAGCAAAACAAAGAUCAACUCAUAGGGAUUUUGGAACGCUACAUCCAGGACCAGAUUCCCGGGGCGACGGUGGUGGUGGAGUCCAUCGGGGCCCGGAGGUUUGGGGACGGGUACUCCGAAGAGGAUUACACCAAGUCCGACCUCAUGGUCUACGCCAUCGACCCGCAGACCAACAGGGCCAUCAUGAGGAACGAACUGUUUAAGUUCCUGGAUGGCAAACUGCUGGACAUCAACAAGGAGUUCCAGCCCUACCUGGGGCAGGGCGGGCGAAUCCUGGAGAUCCGCACGCCGGACGUGGUGGCCAACGUGAAGAAGCAGGCGCAGGCCAUGGGCUACACGGAGGGAGCGCUGCUGGCCCUGGCUGUGAUCAUCAUCCUGUGCUGCCUGCCGGCCAUCCUCAUCGUCAUGGUCAGCUACAGGCAUUUCUCCAAAACCUUUGAGUCAAUGGAAAAAGACCUUUUAAAAGAGUUUGGAAGAGUUUGGUGCAUUCCCAAGCUUCCCUGCUUAUCCCAAAAAUCUGUAGAAAAUUCGAGUUCAACCUCCAAUUAGUUGGUUGCUGUUACCUGAACUGCCUGUUUCUUGAAGAAAUCGAAGAGCACUAUUUUUCCCUGGCAUCUGUUAGAUUAUCAAAACACCAUCCAUCUCUUUUAAGAGCUUUAAGGAAUCUGCCCAACUUCAUUUCAUCAAACAAAAUCCCAUUUUUGCUGUCUGGAAGUGAGACUUGGAGCCAAAUUUAUAGCAGCCCAGUGUGAAUAAAACUGUAUUUUUAUGAGAAAUGCAUCACUGAAGAGUGCCAAAGAAAAUAAAAGGAAUUUUAGUGUUAAUAGAGGCACCAAAACUGUCCUGAGCCUUCUGGUUUGUUUUUCCAUUACAGCCUUUUUUUCUCCUUUUCAAAAGGAGUUUCAGGAUUUUUCCUGAAAUAUUUCUCUUGUAAUAAAGCUGAAAAUUAUGCCUUUGAAAUACAGAAUCCAGUACAACCCUGCAAGGUACUUCUAAAUAAUAGAUUAUUUACUAACACUGAUCACAAAUGAAUGGUAUCUUCUAAAUAAUAAUAAAUAAUACUCCCUCACUAUUGGAAAUGUUUUCUAGACCAUUCUUGAAAUGUGUUAAA